GGGAGGCGGAGCGAGUCCAAAAUGGCGGCUCUCAGGCUGGCGCGCUCCGUGCUGCUGAGGCUUUGAGGUGGUCGCCAGGGGUCGGGGGGGGACGAUUUCCCCGCCGCGGGGGCCCCAGAGGAUGAAUCGGGGGCUCUGCUAAGGUUAGGCCGUGGGGGUGGAGAGCAGUGGCAGCAGGGGCUGCGGUGGAGUCCACGGAGCGGGAUGUGCGAGAGUUACUCCAGGUCGUUGUUGAGGGUCUCGGUGGCGCAGAUCUGCCAGGCGCUGGGCUGGGACUCGGUGCAACUCAGCGCCUGCCACCUCCUCACGGACGUGCUGCAGCGCUACCUGCAGCAGUUGGGACGGGGCUGCCAUCGGUACUCUGAGCUCUAUGGCCGAACAGACCCAAUUUUGGAUGAUGUUGGUGAAGCUUUCCAACUUAUGGGGGUUAGUCUCCAUGAACUAGAAGACUAUAUUCACAAUAUUGAACCCGUCACUUUCCCACAUCAAAUUCCUUCGUUUCCUGUUAGCAAGAACAAUGUACUUCAGUUUCCUCAACCUGGAAGUAAAGAUGCGGAAGAAAGAAAAGAAUACAUUCCUGAUUACAUGCCACCCAUUGUGUCUUCUCAAGAAGAAGAAGAAGAAGAGCAGGUGCCCACUGAUGGGGGUACAUCAGCAGAAGCCAUGCAGGUUCCCUUGGAAGAAGAUGAUGAACUGGAAGAGGAGGAAAUUAUUAAUGAUGAGAAUUUCUUGGGUAAGAGACCAUUGGAUAGUCCGGAAGCUGAAGAAAUGCCUGCCAUGAAGCGACCACGACUGUUAAGCACUAAAGGGGACACCCUGGACAUAGUAUUAUUGGAAGCUCGAGAACCACUCAGCUCAAUCAAUACCCAAAAGAUUCCACCAAUGCUUUCUCCAGUGCACGUACAGGACAAUACAGACCUAGCACCUCCAUCGCCAGAGCCACCAAUGUUAGCUCCGGUUGCAAAAUCACAAAUGCCAACUGCAAAACCAUUAGAAACAAAGUCAUUUACACCCAAAACAAAGACUAAAACUAGUUCUCCAGGACAGAAGACUAAAUCACCUAAAACUACUCAGUCACCAGCAAUGGUCGGAAGUCCUAUUCGGUCACCAAAAACUAUAUCCAAAGAAAAGAAAUCUCCUGGACGUUCUAAGAGCCCCAAAAGCCCCAAGAGUCCCAAGGUUAUAACUCAUGUUUCCCAAGCACCUGUCAGACCUGAAACACCAAAUAGGACUCCUUCAGCUACAAUAAGUGAAAAAGUUAGUAAAGAGACCAUUCAGGUAAAACAAAUACAAACACCCCCUGAUGCUGGGAAACUGAACAAUGAGAAUCAGCUGAAAAAGGCUGUCGUGACCGAUAAAACAAUUGACGACUCUAUUGAUGCUGUGAUUGCACGAGCUUGUGCCGAACGAGAGCCAGAUCCUUUCGAGUUUUCUUCUGGAUCAGAAUCCGAAGGUGACAUUUUUACCAGCCCUAAGAGAAUUUCAGGUUCAGAAUGUACUACUCCAAAAGCUUCCACUUCCUCAAACAAUUUCACCAAGUCGGGAUCGACUCCUCUGCCUCUCUCAGCUGGAACUUCAAGUUCAGAUAAUUCAUGGACAAUGGAUGCCUCCAUCGAUGAGGUUGUACGUAAAGCAAAAAUGGGAACACCUUCAAAUAUGCCUCCCACCUUUCCUUAUAUGUCUUCUCCUUCAGUUUCUCCUCCCACUCCUGAGCCUCUGCACAAAGUGUAUGAGGAGAAAACCAAACUGCCUUCAUCAGGGGAAGUUAAAAAGAAGUUGAAAAAGGAGCUGAAGACUAAAAUGAAGAAGAAGGAGAAGCAACGAGACAAGGAGAGGGAAAGAGACAAAAGCAAAGACAGAAGUAAAGAGAAGGAUAAAGCGAAAGAGAAAGAGAAAGAAAAGGAAACCAAGCAUCCCUGGAAGGAAUUUCUCAAAGAGGAGGAGUCGGAUCCCUAUGCAUUUAAAAUAAAAGAAUUUGAAGAUGUUGAUCCAAAGGUGAGAUUGAAAGAUGGAAUGGUGCGAAAGGAGAAAGAGAAGCAUAAAGACAAGAAGAAAGACAGAGAAAAAGGCAAAAGAGAUAAAGACAAGAGAGACAAAGACAAAGUUAAAGAUAAAGGUCGAGAAGAGAAGAUGAAGGUGGCCCCAGCCCCGCUGGUGUUGCCGCCAAAGGACAUGGCGCUGCCCUUGUUCAGCCCCGCCGCGGCCGCGAGGAUCCCGGCCAUGCUGCCCUCUCUGUCGCCCAUGCUCCCUGAAAAACUGUUCGAAGAGAAAGAGAAACCUAAGGAGAAAGAAAGGAAAAAGGACAAAAAAGAGAAGAAGAAAAAGAAAGAGAAAGAGAAGGAAAAGGAGAAGAAAGAGAAGGAAAGGGAGAAGGAGAAAAGAGAGCGAGAGAAGCGAGAGAAGGAAAAGGAGAAACACAAGCAUGAAAAAGUAAAAGUGGAGCCCGUUGUUCCGUCCCCGAGUCCAGUUAUCCCCAGAUUGACUCUCAGAGUCGGUGCCGGCCAAGACAAGAUUGUCAUCAGCAAAGUGGUGCCAGCCCCCGAGGCUAAGCCAGCUGCUUCUCUGAACAGACCCAAGACCCCACCGCCUGCCGCAGCCCCAGCCCCUGUCCCCGUGCACGUCACCCCUGCCCCGGUGCCUUUGCCACUGCUCGCACAGUCCACCGCGUCGCCCGCCUUGAUGCCGGCUCCGUCGCCCGCCGUCUCGGGAGCCGGGAGUUCCAAAGCCCCCGUCCGGAGCGUGGUCACGGAGACCGUCAGCACUUACGUGAUCCGAGACGAGUGGGGGAACCAGAUCUGGAUCUGUCCCGGCUGUAACAAGCCUGACGAUGGCAGCCCCAUGAUCGGUUGUGACGACUGCGACGACUGGUACCACUGGCCCUGUGUGGGAAUAAUGGCCGCACCGCCGGAAGAAAUGCAGUGGUUCUGUCCCAAGUGUGCCAACAAGAAGAAGGACAAAAAGCACAAAAAGCGGAAGCACCGGGCACACUGACGGCUCUGCGGCCUGGACGGCGCGGUC